AAAAAUCAUUAGACACCGGCCAGCUCUCCCAUUACUCCACUCCAUCUAUAGCUUUUAAAGCCAACGGUCUAAAGGAUCGAUCUUCCAAGUUGUGCCCAUACGCAAUCUCUGAAGAGUAAUUUACUAGCUUCACUUCAAGACCUUCAAGCAGCAGAGUUCGUUGAAGUUCAAAAAUUCAAACAGAGAAGCAAUAAACACAUCAUCAUGGUAUGCUUCUGCUUUCUCGUUGAUCAGACUCGGAAAGUACGAAGAAGCAAGCCUGCGGCGGGGACUUGCUCAAGGUGCGGUGGUGGUGCCAGCGUGGCUGACAUGAAAACUUCUAUAAGAUUUUGUUAUGUUCCAUUUUAUUGGAAGUCAUGGAGAGCAAUUGUCUGUACUUUCUGUGGAGCCGUUCUUCGAUCUUACCGAUGAUUAUGUACAGUCUUUUUUUUCUUUUUUCUUUUCAUUGUAUGAUUAUGUAGGAGCUAGCUAGCUAGUUAACAAUGCUUUGACAUCUAAUUUAUGAUAUUUGUUUUCAAUUUGAGGUAGAAGAAAUAGAUAUAUUAUGCAAUGUGUUUUCUUGUUA